CAUUAGUCGUUAAUGUUCAAUCUAAUUUAAGUUUUUAAAAGAAUAAAGGUGCUUCCAUCUUGGUCGUCCUGCCUCGGAGUGAACUAUCUUGACAGGUGACGGAAGAUCUUUGGUACAUCUCCAAGUUUCCUCCAAUCCUUUGCAAAGUAGUUCAGUCGGUUUAUGCAGGUCUUCAGACAGGAAGCAAACUCUCGAGCUCAAACAUGGCAAAGCGAUUUUACGACCUUACGGCUAAACUGCUAACAGGGGAAACUUUACAAUUAUCUGCGCUUCAAGGCAAAGUCGUCCUAAUUGAGAACGUCGCAUCUCUCUGAGGUACAACCACCAGGGAUUACACCCAGAUGAACGAGCUCCACGAGCGGUAUGCCAGUCAGGGGCUCGUUAUCCUGGGUGUUCCCUGCAACCAGUUUGGUCACCAGGAGAACUGCAAAAAUGAGGAAAUCCUCCAGUCAUUGAAGUACAUCAGACCUGGUAACGGCUUCGAGCCCAAGUUUCAGCUCCUUGAGAAGGUAGAAGUGAACGGAAAGGAUGCCCACCCGUUGUUCGUGUUCCUACGGGAGAGCCUGCCAUUCCCCAGCGACGACCCUACCUCUCUGAUGAACGACCCUAAAUUCAUCAUCUGGAGCCCCGUGUGCAGGAAUGACGUGUCCUGGAACUUUGAGAAGUUCCUCAUCGGGUCAGACGGGGUGCCCUUCAAGCGCUACAGCCGCAGGUUCCUUACAAGUGACAUCGAAGGAGACAUCAAAAAGCUCUUGAGCCACGCAAACUAAGAAAAGCUUCUCAGCCUGUCAGAACCACCUGUGCUCUCUUGUCGACAUGUAUGCUGUUUUCUGAAUUUUUACUCAAUGAAGGUGACCUCUGAAACCAAGCAACUUGUGAGGAGGUUACAUGAUGCACUGUAAAGAAUCUGAACUCUUCAGCUACAUUAAACGCAUGUAAAGCACAGCUGUGGCUUCUAAAUAACAAAUAAAGGUUUGUUCCUCCAGUGUUGA